AUGUCCAUCAAAAAAUAUUUAAGAAAUUCAUCAAAUUUCUUAGAUAUUUCUUAUAAAAAAAUUUCCAAAAAAUUUACCUUUUGUACCCGUGCUUCCUCCUCCUUGUUAUCAACAUUUACGCCAAAUCAAAAAAAUCGAUUCAAUAUUCCACGUUUAACAUCCUAUGACAUUCUAAAUUAUAAAGAACCACCAAAGUCAUGCACAAUGUUAGUCAGAGAUUUUAUUGAUGAUUCAUUAUACAAUCCGAAUUAUGGAUAUUUUUCAAAAAACGUUGCAAUUUUCUCAACUCCAGAUGAUGAUGUUGUUAAAUUUAAUGAAAUAAAAGACAAUUUGGAAUUUUUAAAUGUUCCAUGGUAUGGCUACUCAAUAGCAAAAUAUAUAGCAACAGAAUAUAAUCUAAAUCCUCAAAAUGACUUAAUAAUUUAUGAAUUAGGAGCUGGUAAUGGAACAUUAAUGUUAAAUAUAUUGGAUUAUUUACAGAAAUUUGAACCAGCAAUUUAUAAAAAAACUAAAUAUAGAGUUGUGGAAAUCAAUGCAGCAGCAAAAACAUUAAAUAAUCAUCAUGAUUGUAUAGAGAUUAUUAAUAAAAAUAUUUUUGAUUGGUGUGAAGUUGUUAAUGAAAAUUGUUUUUUCUUGGCUUGUGAAGUGUUGGAUAAUUUUGCUCAUGAUGUAAUUAGAUACGAUGCAGUUAAUGAGAAACCAUUACAAGGUGUAGUGGUAAUAGACAAUGAGGGAGAUUUUGAAGAAGUUUAUGAACCAAUUAAUGAUCCAUUAAUCAGUAAACUCCUCUCAAUAAGGAAUCAAACUUCUUACAAGUCACCAGUAUUACAAAACCGUCUAUUAAGAAAACUUCGUAACACAUUACCAUUUGCCUAUAAUAUGACACAAUCAGAAUUCAUACAAACAAAACUAUUACAAUUCCUAAUUGUAUUAAAGCAUUAUUUUCCAAAGCAUCGAUUAAUCAUAUCAGAUUUUUACAAGUUAACAAAUUCAAUUUCACAACAAGGUGGUGGUGGAAUAGGAGAUAAUGCACCAGUUGUUCAAACAAGAUUUCAACAAACCAUGAUUCCAUGUUCAACUUAUUUGGUUAAACCCGGAUAUUUUGAUAUUAUUUUCCCAAUAAAUUUUGAACUGUUAAAAGAUUUGUAUCAAUUAAUGUUUUUUUCAUCAAAGUCAUCAUUGGAUGAAAAAGUUAAAAUCUUGACACAUAAAAAUUUUAUGGAGAGAUAUGCAGAUUUAAACAAAACUAAAACUUCAAGUGGAGAAAAUCCUUUAUUGUUGUAUUAUGAAAAUGUUAAAUUUUUAUUGACAUGA